AUGCCGCUCGGCACGGGAGGCCCGGCGCAGAAGCACCGGCACGACUGGGUCGUCGCGCCUCGCAAAAGACCCCACGUGCCCGUGAUCUUCGGCGCCCUGGGAAGCAAGAGCGACGAGGAGAAUGCCAAGAAGCUCCUGCUACUCUUCUGGCCCUGGACCAGCAACGUCGAGGACGCCACAGACGAGGUGCCUUACAUCGGCGACCUGCGCCCGCGGCACAUGAGCAGCUGGCGCGAGGCCCUCAGUGCGCGGAUCGCGCGGCACGGCUUCCCCACCGAGGAGGUGCGGCGCUACGCCACGAACUACGCCUUCGUCUACUGCCGGCCCCGCCAGUACCAGCUGGAAGACGACCUGGCAAACAACAGCGACAACGACUUCGCGGAGGACCAGCUGCAGCGCCUGGACCCGGAAGAUCUGAAAAAGGCCAUCGCCACGCGCAUCAAGGGAAGCAACGAGGCAGAGGCCGGCGACGACGAGCAGGAGAACCGGCAAAGGGACGAGGAGACGAGCACCCAACGCCGACUCACCGCGCAGAUGUUCGACCUCUCCAAGGACGUCUGGCGCGACGGCGCCGAAGAAAGUCGGAACCUGCGAGACGUCGCGCAGGAGCAGCGGCGACGCAUGGAGGGGAUCCAGGGCGUCCAGAAUCCGGCCCGCUUCCUCGCCGCGGCCCGCGCCUCCGGCGCGCGCAGCGCCCGUGCGCAGCCCCAGAACUUCGUCGGGCUCCACGGCCCGCAAGGCCGACCGGCGGUGAACCCGCAGCGCGUCGUCACGGCCAAAUUGCUCCGGGACUGGCUCGACAAGACCCGCUUCGUCGAGGACCGGCUGGAGGACACCGCGCUCAAGAGCACGGAGCCGCUCGUGUGGCAGCUGCACGGCUCGCCCGGCACCGGCAAGUCCCACUCGCUGAAGUUCGUCCGCGAGCUCUUCGAGGAAGUGCUGGGCUUCAGGCAGGGCAUCGACUUCGAGGUGGCCGCCUUCCAGGCCACGAACGCCGCGGACGUGCGGGGCCACACCAUCCACAAGGCCUGCGGCAUCAGCAUGGACCGCUACAGCCUCGACAAGCCCCCGGCCCCCGACACCACGAAGCAGAUGGCCUUCUGGCGCUGGCUGAUCGUGGACGAGAUCGGCAUGGUGAGCGCGCGCCUGCUCGCCCAAAUGGACCAGCGGAUCCGAAGCGCCAAGCCCGCGGCGGACGAGUGGAAGAUCGACCCCAAAACCAACCGGCCCCGGCCCUUCGGCGGCGUCAACGUGCUCUUCACGGGCGACUUCGCCCAGCUGCCCCCGCCCGAGGGCGGCGGCAUCGCGGAGAUCCCGGAGCUCUUCUGGAACGGGGCGGUCCAGGGCGUCACCGAGCUGGUGGAGCGCGAGCGUUGCAAGGACGAGUGGUGGAACGAGGUGGUGGACGAGCUGCGAGAGGGCUACCUGUCGGACAAGAACCACAAGUAUCUGCACGGCAGGCCCGUGGAGGGCUGCACCCUCAGCUCCGAGGAACGGGCCUCCAGGCAGCGGGUCAUCGAUGGGCCCGACGACCCCAGGCUGCAAGACAUGAAGUUCGUGACGGGAACGGUGAUCGUGGCGAACAACGACGCCAAAUAUCAAAUAAACAAGGACCGGGCCGCGGGCUACGCCCGCGCGGCCGAGACGCCCCUGCGCUGGUCCGUGGCCAAGGACAAGGCGCUCUCCAAGGUCCUCCAGACCCAGGCCUGCGACAAGGACGCCAAGCUCCGCUGGCUCCAGUACCACGACAUGGACACGGAGGGCCUCUGCGGCAUGCUGCCCCUGGCCAUCGGCAUGCCCGUGGCGCUCACGCAGCACGUGGACCGCUCCGAGCAGGCGCUCCUCAAGGGCCGCAUGGCCCACGUGUACGUGAAGUUCAAGGAUGCCGAUUGGACGCUGGACGGAUCCACGGAGAAAGGCCUCUACCCGAUCGAGCCGGUAAAGCGCACGUGGAAGCUCGACAAGGGCAGGAAGAACCCCGUGCUGGCCGUCUCCAGAACGCAGCUGCCCCUGGUGCCCGCCUUCGCCAUCACGGCCCACAGCAGCCAAGGCAAGACGUUGAGCGCGGUGCUGCUGGACUUCAACAUCCACCGCCGGACCCACGUCUCCUACGGCACCGUGGUCGCCAGCCGCGUCCGCAGCCGCGAGGACGUGCUGAUCCUGCGCGCCUUCCCGGCCUGGCUCUACCAGCGCGGCCCGCCCGAGGGCGUCGCGAAGCUGCUCCAAAGGCUCCGCGGCGAGCUGAACCUGGACGCCUUCCGCGAGGCCACCUGGCCCAGCGCCCCCUGCGAAGCCUGCCGGAGAGCCAAGCCGCUGAACCUCUUCGCGGACGCGCAGUGGCAGAAGGCAAGGGCCAACCGCCCGGCCACGUGCCUGGCGUGCGAGAAGAAGAAGCGCGCGGACCGCAGCUUCCAGCCCGGCAAACGGAAGAAGCACACCUGCGCGGCCUGCAACAUGGAGAAAAUCGAGGACGCCUUCCCUCCGGCAGUGCCUGACCUGCGUCAAGGCCAAGCCUACCCUGACCUGCAGCGUCUGCCGCGAGACCCGCCCGGCGAAGGACUUCUCCAGCACCAUGCUCACCAUGCCGCCGCAUUGCAUCGCCUGCAAAGACUGCCAGCUGAAAAUGAGCGGGAAAGCAAAGCGGAGCAGAACAGGAUGGUUUACUUGCAAGUCGUGUAA